AUGACAAAUUGUUCGGGCUGCUUGGCUGGUGGAUCGUUCUUGUUACUGCAAAGAUGGAAGUUGAACUUUGGGCGAAGAAGUGAGGCGGCGCUGGAUUCAUGCCCGAAUGUUAACCUCCAAGCUGGAUUCAAGCUGCCAGCUGGGGACAAUCCCCCGGACCCCCAAGAAGAACUAGAUGCUUUCCUACCCAUCCCCACUCAUCCAAAUCAGAUUCAGAUCCCUACAACUUGGAACCGUUUCAAGUAUAUGGAAAGCACUUCCAAAUACCGAUGCAGAUUUUCAGUCAACCUCUCCUCAGACUCAGAUAUGCUCACUCCGAUCCCACUUGAUCACCCAAACACCAAAACUCACCAGAAGCUCGAUCACCAACAUCCCAAGAAGUUACCCAACAACUCAACCCUUGAUCCCAAGACAAUCAUUCUCAAGGACCAAGACCUCAGUCUCGAUACUCCUAGAAAUCACCGCAUAUCCACAAAACCUGUGAUCCAACUCAAUGCGGCGCUGCCUCCCCAAACGUUUGAUCCUCAACCGCAACAGCCAGUCGAGCUUGAGCCAGCAGAAUUUACAAGUCUCUUAAGUGUCCGCAAACUCUCCUUCGGUACUCUUACCGGCACCUGUGCUGGCGUGUUCAUUAAGAACGGUCUCAAUUUCUUGACUUUCUUGUUCGGUGGUGGAUUUGUUCUGCUUCAAUUUUUACAUUCAAGUUCAUUGAUCAAGAUCAAUUGGAAGAUGUGGGCCAAGCAAUACGAGUACAAGUUCUGGUCGGCCAAGGAGCCACCAACCAAGUCGAUUGUCACCAGGUUUCUGGACUUCUUGACGAGCGAUAUCCAGUAUCAAAGUACUUUCACUGUCGGGUUCUUCCUUAGACUCAGGAUCGGUGGAAUAUCCUACACACUUGACUUCAAAAUCCAAACUGCAUGGCACAUACCUCAGAUCAUAAUGCCAAUGAGGGCCGUUAGCAGAGAAUCUCAUGGGGGAGUUAUCGGAGGGCGAGUUGGUGAUAGAGAUGGCGGAGGAAGGGCUGAGGAUGGAGCUGGAGGAGGAGGGGUUGCUGUCGUUGCGAGGAGGCUAGUGUCGUUGCAUGAUCAACUUCAAUUUGGUCGCGCGACAUCUGAAUCUGGUGGGAAACGUCAGGUGACGCUGCGGGGCGCAGCGACAGCUAAUUGUCCGUAG